CAAAGGCGCUCAAGGUUGUGAAGACGAAAGGGAGGCUGAUUUGACCCGAACCUAUGUAUCAAAUUUGAAACUAUACGCUACUAACUACUAAUUUCUAUUGUCAGUUUGUUCUAAUCUCAUAAUAAUACUCAAUGCUGUUGAUUACUUUCUUAAUUAAAAGUAAAUGCAUUCCAUGUGCUUACUGGGUCUACGACUGACCUUUUCUUUUGUUCUUUCCCACACCAAAUAACCUUAUUGAUCAUUACAACGCACAACACACAAGGUACUUUCAGGCCAAACAGACUUACCAAAGGCUGGAGUUACACCUAAAUUAACAUACUUCUUGAAUAUUUAAUGUGUGGGUCCAGUUGUGCAAAAAUUCUAUUGAGCUAUCAGUCAUGGCUACGAGUCAUAAUAAUCUUUUAAACGUCUCGGUUAUUUUUAUAUAACAUCAAUGGAGUGUGAUUCUCCGGAAGUUGUCAGCCUUCAUGAAGCUUUAAGGAUCAGUCCUGGUAGUCCGAUCAAAAGUGACUUGACUGUAAACGGUCAAGCACAGCCUGUGAGUAAAUGUGAGCAAAUGAAAGACAGAAGUAUAGGUUCAUCAUACGAGGCAACUAAAGUGGAUCCAAGCCCAGUCACUUCCGAAUCCGGCAUUACCACAUCACUGCAAACAUCAACUACACCGAUAAGCACUACACAGGGACAUUCAUUUAUCAGAAGAACACUACAUAGACCAGCAUACUGUCACCAUUGUGGCGAUGUUAUAUGGAGCCCUCUUAGUUGUGGAUUUCAGUGUGAAAUUUGCAACUUACUUGCACAUGAACGUUGUCAAACAGUUGUGAGUUCGCCAUGUACAUCUGUUGCACCUCUUCGUAUAAAGUCUCCAGUAUCCCAUUGUUGGUCUGAUGUGGGUCAUUUCAAACGGAAAUUUUGCAAUGUUUGUCGUAAACGCUUGGAAGAUAGUUUUUCUGUCAGAUGUGAAGUUUGUGAAUAUUAUUGUCAUGUGGAUUGUCAAGAUUAUUCCGUCAAUGAUUGUAAACAAGGUGCAACGUGUUCACCAGGAAAACCUGUGUGUUCUCCUCGUCAAAGUCAUCAUUGGAGGGAGGGGAAUUUACCAACUAACUCUAAGUGCUUCAUCUGUCGUAAAACAUGCUGGUCAUCUGAAUGUCUUACAGGUUAUCGUUGUCAGUGGUGCGGUCGAACUAGUCAUGCGGGUUGUGUAAAUAAAGUUGACGACGAAUGUGAUUUUGGUCCUUUACGAGAUAUCAUGUUACCAUCAUUCUGUGUGAGUCUUCCACGAAUGAAUAUUCCUAUUGAACACGUGAUCGGUGUAACUAAACGUCCACGAGGUCGAGCUAUUUCAACUGAUUGGUCAAGCAGUGGUGAAAGCAAAGAGGAUAGUUGGCAGGAUACACGAUCUCCAAGAGAAACAAUAGACCGUGCUAGUAGUGAUGAAUAUGUAUGUGUAUUCGAUGGAGUUGGAGCUCUAAAGAGGCGUUCAUGUCGAAGUUUUAGUUUUUCCAAAUCAAUGUCAACUUAUUCAGCAGUUAAACGGUUUUUGAAAACAUUUCAUUUGGCUGGUACACCUGAUUAUUACAAUGUAUAUGAAGUUAAUGAACAUGAUGGGAGUGAAAACAAACUUAAUUAUCAUAUCAAUCUUCGUAGUCAGUUGAGAUUUGAUUUAAAACAACCUUCCAUAUUAAUUCGAUCCAAAGAACCGGAAGAAUCAACAAUUACAAUUAAAGUAUACGCUGGAGAUUUACGUUUACUACUUGCCCCACAUGUACCACCUUAUGAAGAGGUAACAAUCAAUUCCGAAACUACUGCUUCAAAAGUGGUUGCAAUGGCUUUAAAUAAUUUCGGUUGUGGACAUAUGAGCCCGGAUGACUGUUAUCUAAGCAGUGUUUGUGUUGAUCGUACAGUAAGUGAACAAUUAUUAGAUAAAAAUGAUCGUCCAAUGCUGUUACUUGAUCAAUUACGUGAAGAAUCAGCUAGAAUAUCACAAUUUACUCGAUUUGAAUUACGUUUUGUUGAAGAUUCUCCUAUUGGUCCUAGUGUCUCCUUGUUUGUAGGCAAUCUUAAAGAGAAUUUAUCACAACGAUUAUAUGAACGUGUAUUAUUAGACAAACUAGGUGAAAAAUGUCGUUGGGAUUCAAUUGAAGUAAUCUAUUAUGAAAGUGGUUGCCUUGUUUUAAAUUAUCACUCAAGUGAAAAAGCUGAACAAGCUUAUGAAUUGUUGAAUGAAUCUGUAUUUAUGGAUAAACCAUUGACUGCUUUACUUCUCCCAACAAUUCAUCCACAAAAUGUACCUAAAGGAAUUCAACCACUUUUAGUAUUUGUCAAUUUAAAAUCUGGUGGUUGUCAAGGUGUCGAUUUAAUUGUUGCUUUUCGUCGAUUACUCAACCCAUUUCAAGUAUUUAAUCUUGAUUAUGGUGGUCCUUUGCCUGGUCUAUAUUGCUUUCGUCAUUUAGUCUCAUAUAAGAUUCUUGUUUGUGGUGGAGAUGGUACAGUGGGAUGGACGUUGUCAUGUUUAGAUAUUGUUGGACAAGAUGCAGCAUGUAAUGCUCCUCCUAUUGCUCCUCUUCCUCUUGGAACCGGGAAUGAUCUAUCUCGUGUUCUUCGAUGGGGUUCUGGUUAUUCAUCAACUGAUGAUCCUCUAACUAUUUUAAAAGAUGUAGUUGCUGCAGAAGAAGUGAAGUUAGACCGAUGGACAUUGAUUGUUCGACCAGAAGAAGAUUUUAAAGAUGAGACUAAAUUAGCUUUAGAAUUGCAAACAAAUGCAUCCAAUACAAAUGAAGAUAAUUCAAUUAUGAUUAUUAUGAAUAAUUAUUUCGGUAUUGGUAUAGAUGCUGAUUUAGCAUUGGAUUUUCAUAAUGCACGUUCAGAGAAUCCAUCAAAAUUCAAUAGCCGUAUUCACAAUAAAGGUGUUUAUUUUAAAAUUGGUUUGAGAAAAAUGAUUAAUCGGACUAUUUGCAAAGAUUUACAUAAACAAAUUGUAGUUGUUGCUGAUGGGAAAAUUGUCAUAUUACCACCAAUUGAAGGAUUAAUUGUAUUGAAUAUUCUUUCAUGGGGUGGUGGAGCUAAUCCAUGGAAUGUGGAUAAACAUGAUGAUGAAUUUGUUAAACCUACACAUUAUGAUGGUUUACUUGAAGUUGUCGGUAUUUCUGGAGUCGUUCAUAUGGGACAAAUUUAUUCCGGUCUCGGUACUGGAAUUCGUCUUGCUCAAGCAGCACAUUUGAAAAUUUGGCUUAAAUCUGAGCUUCCUAUUCAAGUUGACGGUGAACCGUUUAUUCAUCCACCUGGUCAAAUUACUGUACUACGUUCCGCACUGAGUGCCAAUAUGUUAAGAAAAGUGAAACGACCUAAACGAAAACCUGGUUCAGAUGACUAUCGGUUUGAUCAAUGGUCAUCUACUACUACAGAUCAACAAUAUCAAAAAUCAAUACAACACCAUUCAACUGUCAGAUUACAUGAUUUCAAUUCAUUAUCUGAUUAUUCAUCUUUAAAUACUGUACAGAAUAUAAAUGAAUAUCAACAAUUUCCUCCUAUGAACAAACUAAAUAUGGAUUCAUUCAUUUUUAAUUUACCUACUUAUAGUAAACCAACAAUUAAUUUCACAUCAAUACCAUCAGCGCCAAUUCAAACCAAUGACAAUACACCAACCAAUACUAUACAAUCAUCAACAGUAACUAUUUUACGCACAAAUGAUAAUAAUAAUAAUAAUGAUGAUGGCAAUUCUGAUAGUAGUCAGCUACUAGCUGAUAAUACUACCGCUGUUUAUCAUCAAACAGACUUAACGAACACUUUAAAUCAAUUACAUUUAGGUAGUAGUAUUGAUAGUAAGGAUAAUCAAAAACCAGUAUCCACUGAUUCUUCUUUCAAUUUUCCUUCAUCAUCUUUGUUACCUUUAUGCUCAUAUACAACACUAUCAGGUGAUGAUGGCAGUGUGUAAACUUCAUUCCUCUUCUCAAACGAAAACCGUUAUAUCGUUUACCUUUUUACAUAUAUAUAUAUAUAUAUUUGGUCCUUUCAUUUUCAAUCAAAAGAUGUCUAUUUUUAUAUUUUACUGAAUUAUAUUUCAUUUGUUUAUCGGGAAAAUACUGAACAAAACCAUAAUCAUCGUAAUAAUAUAUGCAUACCCCAUAACUUUAUUAUUCCAUACCUUUUAGUAUUGCCAUUCGGGUUUCCUUUUUUAUUUAAGAAAAAAUCCGUUGUUCUUGAGACUACAUGUUUCUGUUUUUUAUUUUAUUUUGUAAAUUACAUUAUAUAUUAAGCCAUCCGUGAUGUCAUCGUAUUUUCGUGUUUAUUUUGUUUCAUUUUUGUCAAUUCUUACCACUUUCUGUAUUUCCCCCUUUACAAUGGACUGUGUAUAUUUCAGUGAGAGGGGUGACGGUAAGGACGGACCUGUUUUAUUUCAUCAAUUUUGUUUGUUUAUAUUUCAUGGGUAUAUAUGUUCAAUACAAAAAUUAGGCAGUAGGAACACUCGAUUCUUAUUAUUUAAUUUCAAUUAUCUACUUAUUAGCAGUGUUUUAGUAGUAUAAAUAUAAAUCAUUAAAUGUGAACCACUUUUAGUGUUGUUUGAUCAGUUUUUUUUCUAAUUAGUAUAUUUGUUUGUCAAUAGAAUUGUCUUUAUAGUUUACUCACCAUUAUAAUAUUGUGGAAAUCAAAAAGUCGACUAUAGCAGAAUAUAUUGUAAAGUAAGUCUUAACGAUUAUUUUCACUAACCUAUCCGAAAUCUCUCCCUCUAAAUGCAUAACUCGAAGUCAAACUGUAAAGUGAUCUGAAUAAUAUAAAAGUCG